AUGCUCCUAACCAAGGAGAUUAACGGCAUCGAGAUAUGCUACGACGAGUCGGGCUUUGCUAGCGGGCCGGCAGUGGUACUCUUAUCGGGAUGGGCUCACGACCUGAGGCUCUACAAUGAGAUGCUGCCUCUCCUGGCCCCGAACCACUGGGUUAUUCGCGUCUGCUACCGCGGACACGGACCGUCGCGGGACACCAUUGCCGACUUUGGCGUUGAGGAGCAGUUCCACGAUACAGUCGCACUCCUCGACUCGCUCGGGGUCAACCAAAUGUACCUCGUCUCUCACUCUCACGGCGGAUGGCCUGCUCUGGAGAUGGCCGACCGGCUGGGAAAGUCCAGGGUGCUCUGCCUGUUGAUGAUUGACCAGAUCAUGACCCCUCCGCCGCCCCAGUUCGCCGCCGGGCUGCAGGCGAUGCAGCAGAAGGAGACCUGGAGGGCGGCGCGGCAGGGGCUGUUCCAAGACUGGCUGGCCGGGAGCGACAGCAAGCCCGUCAAGGACCACUUUCUGUACUGCAUGGGCAGCUACGGCUACGAGAUGUGGUCGCUCUCCUGCCGAGUCAUCGCUGCUGCGUAUGGCGCCCAUGGCUCGCCGAUGGGCCGCAUGGCCAAGAUCGCCAGCCCGCCGCCUAUCCGCCACGUCUUCUCCCACCCUCUGGACAGCCCAGAGUAUCGGCAGCUGCACGAGAAGUUCGCACAGGAGCACCCGUGGUUCUCGUACACGGACCUGAAAGGCGAGACGCAUUUCCCGGACCUAGAGAUUCCUGAUCGGGUAGUUGAGCAGCUGGAAGAUUUGAUCAAUAGCGCUGGCAGCUAG